AUGGCUGUAGCUAUGCUAUUAAUUGUCGUGAGUCAUGUACUUCAUAUUGGCUGUGGAGUAAACAUCGGGCUACAUAUGCAAAUGUUUAACGGAUUGAAUGCUAAUAAGAAAAGUACUUCAUUCAGAAAAGUGAAUAAAGAUAACAUGAGCGCUGGCAGUGUGGCGUUGGACCGGGAGCUGGCAAGCACGCGUCGCCUACUGUGGGGCGAUCAAGUGAAGGACGAUGUUUUCCGGCGAUGGGCCCAAGGCUUCCAAUUUAGUCCAGAUGAGCCCAGUGCCCUCAUUCAACUAGAAGGGGGACCUUGUGCAGCUAUUGCGCCCGUCCAGGGCUUUCUGCUAAAAAUACUGUUAUCUGAGACACCAGGACACAGUUUUCAUGACUUAACGUCAGAGAAGUGCGAUUCUCUACUGGUUAGGGCUGUGUGUACAAUAUUAAGUCAGUGUCUAGCUCCUAAGUACAAUGUUGCCGUGUACAGGAAGAACGAACCUGAUGCUGAAACCAGUGGUGGCAAUAAUGUGGAGGGACAAUCCAACACAGUGUGUGAUACCAUAGAACAAUUCCAUCGGCGGAUAGAAGUUCAUCCUUUUCAGACUUUAUCUGAAGUGGAAUCAUUCUACACAAGGAACAUUAGAAUACUGAAGGACAAAUAUGGUGUUCUACUUCUGUUGUAUAGUGUUAUUCUCAGCAAGGGGAUCUCUGUAGUAGAGGCGGAACUUUCAGAACUGUCAGAUCCCUUAAUCCAUUCAACGUAUGGCUAUGGUUCACAAGGACUCAUUAAUUUAAUGCUCACUGGAAGAGCAGUGGCACAUGUUUGGGAUCAUGACCAAGUUGUGGGUGGACUUAGGCUGCGUGGCAUUGAACAACAAAAUGACAUUGGAUUCCUCACAAUCAUGGAACACAUGCAGUAUUGUACUGUUGGUUCGUUUUACAAAAACCCCAAACACCCAGUUUGGGUUUUAGCUUCAGAUACACAUCUUACAGUUUUGUUCUCUCUCGAGCGACGAUUAGCUGCACCAGAAACAGUUGGGGAAUCAGCAGAGCGAAUUUUUCGCUCCUUUGAUCCUGAGGGAAACAAUUUUAUUCCUUCAGCUGCACUUCAAGAUGUACUAUGUGCUGCUGACCUUGUUAGUGAACCCGAAUAUGUGGAAUUGAUGAGAAGGAAAUUAGAUUCUGAAAACUUAGGCAUAAUUUUGCUUAGUGCAUUCAUGGAUGAAUUCUUCCCUGGAUGUGAGCAUGGAGCACCUGAUACAUUCACGAUUCACCAUUACAAUGGUCUGCUCCGCAGCAACCCUGGUACCCGUGUCUUGUACCGGACUGGACGCGCAGCUCUCCUUGAGUGUCCAAUGCGUGCUGCCAGUACAGAUGCUAUGCUGACGUGUCUGCAGACCAAGUGGCCUAGCAUUGAUGUAGUAUGGGAUGAUGGACAGUCUCCGUCUCUUAACUAG